UAGUUUUCUCUAUUAUGCAAUUUUACGUCAGAAACCCAUUCGUUUUACUUGAUAACGAAGGAAAAUCGAUAAAAUGUAUGAGUAAAAAUUUCCGUUGCUACGAAACCGCAUAAAUUUAAUUCCUGACACACUUUUAUUACACUCUGGCGUAAAUGAAAUAUUUUUCGGUUCGUUGACUUUUUGCAUAUUUUACCAGACUUUUAAUAAACAAAAUGCAUAACAAUUGAAAACAAUAAUCCCAAGGCGACCUUAUCUCGCGUAACAUGUCAUAAUAAUUAAGCCAAUUAAGCAAAAGCAUAAAGAUAAAGCGCAGAAAGUAUUAUUGGAAGUAAAGAAACAUCUGCCGCUUUAAUCCGGAUCAUCUUUACGUCACUGAAUCGAUAAUUCGUCGGAAAUCCUCAACGAAAAUAGCUCCAUACGUCUAUUAUAAGAAAAUCUCGCGAAAAUGGUUUUUCUCCUGUCGGAAAAUCCCCAAACCGGCUCGAAGCACUUGAAUCAGGCAAAAAUGACUGGAUAUCACCGGUUGAAAUCUAUACUUAGUGUCAUAAAAAUUGCAACACCAAGAAGGACGAAACUUGGCGCAAAUAUUAGACUAUUAUCGGGCAAUAAAUGAAUAAAAUGUGAGCGGUUUUAAUCAAGUGAUGCCUCUGUAAGCGCAGUGCCUCGAUGGUAGAGCAAAUCAAACCCAAGACUGAGUUGAGCAGAGAUCCCCGUUUGAGGCCAGAUGACCACCGACACGGUGAUUCCCCUGGACGAGGUCAGCGAGAGCUCGACCUUGACCGGAAAACACCCCCCGAAGCCGAAAAUCCCCGACGGGGGAUGGGGCUGGAUGGUGGUCCUCUCCUCCCUCAUCAUGUCCCUGAUCCAGGACGGGAUCAGCUUCUCCUUCGGGAUCCUCUACACGGAGUUCGUGGAGGAGUUUGAAGCCUCCAAGAGCACAACUUCCUGGAUCGGAAGCCUUUUCCUCUCAGUGCCUCUGCUGACCGGCCCGAUCAUGAGUGCCUUGGUUGACAAGUAUGGCUGCCGGGCGAUGACCAUCCUAGGCGGCCUGGUCUCGGCCACUGGAUUCAUCCUGAGUUAUUUCGCCACGAACGUCAUCACCAUGUAUGUGACGUUUGGUGUCAUUUCGGGAAUGGGGCUAGGUCUGACGUAUAUAACAGCAGUGGUGUCAAUCGCCUUCUGGUUUGAUAAAAAAAGGAACCUAGCGGUGGGCUUAGGGGCGUGUGGUACCGGGAUUGGUACUUUUGUCUACGCCCCUUUUACCACCAUGCUGAUUUUUGAGUAUGGUUGGCGGUGGACUGUCAUCCUGCUCGCCGGGACUUUACUCAACUUGUGCGUAUGUGGCGCCCUCAUGCGGGAUCCCGAUUGGAUAAUCGAGCAAAACAAGGAAAACUCCAAACUGUCGAGCAAGUCGAGCUCCCUGUCCAAUAUUUCGCACGAGUCGAAAAAAAUCGACCUUGAAGAGAUACGAGAGUUGUUGAAAAACGGCAAAGACGCCGAAUAUAUCUUGCAAACUUUGGCGACUUCGAUUGAUCGCGAGGACAAAGGACAGAAAGUUGAACAUCACCAGUCGGUACUCAACUUGCCGACGUUCAUCCGUCAGAACGAAAAAGUGCCAGCAGAGGUCCUCGAACAGUUGCAAGAAAAUAAAAAACUCUACCGAAUUAUUGUACAAAAUUAUCCCAGUUUGCUCCACUGCCGCAGCACUUCCGAAAAAGGCCUCAAUAAAAUGGAGGAGGCCAUAACCCGCAUCCCAGUGACCUUCUCCCUGAAGGUGAAAAAAAGCGACCGGAAGGCUGUAACGCACCAGUUCUCCCUCCCCGAGAAUCCUCUGGCCGUUGAGAAGAAAGUGAAAAAAGCGGAGACGCCAUGGCUGGUAAAACAAUUCAGUACUACCACCACACACCCAAAUUAUUUUAAAAAUAUGAGGUUCCCUAGGCACUCGCUUAUACACCGCGGCGCCAUUUUGAAUAAAAAUAAGUACAAGUUGAGGGCGUCGAGUUGUCCUAACAUAUACCGAGUGUCCAUGACGACGCUAGUGAAAGACGACGAUGAGCCAUGGUAUUCGGGUCUUGUCAAAUUCGUUAACCUUUUCGACGAGUUUCACUAUCUUCUAAUGUCUGUCUCUACUGUCAUUCUUUUCGCUUGGUUUAUGACGCCUUAUUUCUACUUAGUCGACCAUAUGGAAGCGUCAGGAUACACCAAAGACGAGGCUUCCUACGUCCUGUCAGGGAUAGGCGUGGCCAACACAAUCGGAAUGGUAGUGCUCGGUUGGGCCGGCGACCAAUCGUGGACCAACGUCUCCAAAACGUACGGUGUAUGCCUCAUCCUAUGCGGGGCCUGUUGCUCCGCCCUCUAUUUCUACACAGCCAAUUACAUCAUGGUGCACAUUUUUGGCGCCCUCUAUGGCAUUUUUCUAGCUAGUAGUUUCUCGUUUACGCCGAUUCUGUUGGUGGAACUGUUGCCACUAGAAACGUUUACCAAAGCCUACGGUUUACAAUUGAUGUGUCAAGGGAUUGGGCAUUUGGGGGGUCCACCGUUUGCCGCACUACUUGCCGAUAUCACCAAUAGUUGGAGUUACGCCUUUCAUUUGUCUGGGGUUAUGAUCGUCCUUUCCGGGAUCUUGAUUCUGGUGAUUCCUUAUACGAAAAAUCGGAAAAUUUUUGGGAGUGGGCUGGUCGAGAAGGAGUUAGCCAAUGAGAGAGCUUGAUCAUGACGGAAUUAUGCGUACUUAAGCGUAUAACCCAAGUACUUAAUGUAAUAGUAUUGUCGUUUAAUAAAAAAGUACAAUUUUCCUCU